AUGGCGGAGGCGGUGGUCGGCUGGCUGGUGUGCCCGAUCAUCAAGAUCGUCGUCGAAAAGGCCGCCUCCGACAGAAUGAAGUGGAUGGGCGACGGCGUCUCCAAGGCGCUAGAGCGCCUCCGGAACACGCUGCUCCAUCUCCAGACCGUGGCGAGCGCCGUCCAGCUGCGGGGCUCCACGGACAGGUGCCGGAAUCUCCGUUCGUGGCUGCAGCAGCUCAUGGACGCCGUGUACGAAGCCCAAGACGUCCUCGACAACUUCGACGACUCGGUCCCACACCCUGAAUCCUCCGCCGUCAGGUUCGGCAAGCGGAUCUUGGGCGCCGAUGAGCGCGUCAACAGGCUCAAAGACGUCGUCGCGAAGCUGGAGGCCAUCGACGCUGGCUCUUCGACGAUGCUGUCAGCCACGGAGACCAUCGCGGCGGCGUCAGUGUCGCGCCAACCGAGCGGCAGCAACCACACGGGCCCCAUGCGCCGGACGAGGACGCCGUGGUCGGGCGCGAGAAGGAGCUGCAAGAGAUGGUGUCCUGGCUCGUUCACACGCCCGACGCCGACGCCAAGCCCGUGUCCGUCCCCAUCGCCGCGAUCUGGGGCCAUGGUGGGAUGGGGAAGACCACGCUGGCGCAGCUCCUGUUCAAGGAUCAGAAGGGAGGACAUGGACAUGACGGGGAUUGGAUUCCGUGCGAUGUGGGACGAGGUGCUGGCACCCCUCAGGCACGGGGAGUCAAGGGGGAGCAAGAUUGUGGUUACCACCCGGCAAAAGAUUGUGGCGACAACGCUUAAAGCACGCGAGUUCUACUUGGGAGACUUGCCGGACAAUGAUAUCUGGUCUCUGUUCACAAGGUAUGCCUUUGGUGACGACAACAUUGAUAAGCAGUCUCCUGAGCUGCAAGGCAUUGGGAGGAAAAUCGCUGAAAAGCUCAGGGGCUCACCAUUGUUGGCGAAGGCUGUCGGACAGAUGCUGGGAGGAAGACGCAGGGAAGACCAUUGGAGGAACGUGCUUGAGAUGGACGGCUUCGAUGAAGUUUCCAAAACAUUGGAGUUGUGCUACCAGAAUUUACCAGAGCACCUGCAACCAUGCUUUGCAAUCUGUAGCUUGUUCCCGAAGAACUGGAGGUUCAAGCGCGAUAAGCUGGUGAAGAUUUGGAUGGCCCUUGAUUUCAUCCAGCCAACUAGUGGGAAGGCCCAAUUGGAGGAUGUGGGAAGCGAGUACUUUGAUCAGCUUGUGGAUAAAGCUGGGGGGUCGGAGAUUUCUCGAUUCGAUUGUGAGAGAGUUGAAGAUGCAAAGAAAGAGAUCCCCAAGACAAUUCGGCACUUAUCUGUGUCCGGUGAUAGUGGUACAGUGGCGCAGAUCAAGAGCCGAUGUGACCUGAAAAGACUGCGCACACUACUGAUUCUCAAGAACCCUUCCUCUUCGUUGGAUCAACUGCCAGGAGAUUUUUUCACAGAGCUGAAAGGCCUUCGAGUUCUUAGUUUGGAAGUCUGCAAUAUCAUUCGUCUAUCAGAGAGGAUUGGAAACCUUAAAUACCUCAGAUACCUGGCACUUUGCAAAUCAAUCACCAAGCUUCCACAAGCACUGACAAAGCUAUAUCGUCUUCAAACCUUUAGUAGUCCUAAGGGGUCUGGCCUUGAGGUCCCGGAAGAUAUUGUAAACCUGACAUGUCUGCGACAUUUGGACAUGGAUUCAUCCAAAAUCACUGGCAUUGGGAAACUGAUUCACCUUCAGGGAUCAGUUAAGUUCCAUGUUAAAAAUGAAAAAGGCCAUACUUUAGGAGACUUGGAUGGUAUGAGCAGUCUGCGUAAAGAGCUUCAUAUAAAGAACCUUGAUGUUGUAACGAAGCAAGAAGAAGCCUGCCAGGCUGGAUUAAACAAGAAGGAGAAUGUUAAGGUACUGGAAUUAGAAUGGAACUCGACUGGUAAGAGUGUUCCCUCUGUUGAGGCUGAAGUUUUGAAUGGUCUUGAGCCGCACCAUUAUGUUAAAAGGCUUAUAAUUAGAAGAUAUCAUGAUAAUAGAUCACCAAACUGGCUGAGCACAAGCACCUUCUACUUCAAAUACCUGCAUUUGAUCAACUGUAGAAAACGGGAGGUCCUACCGCCUCUCGGGCAGCUUCCAUGUCUCAAGGUUUUGCAUUUGAAAGAAAUGUGUUCAGUGAAAGAAAUCGGCUGUGAAUUUUAUGGAACCAAUCCAAUUGCAUUUCCAUAUUUGGAGGAACUUGAAUUUGAUGAUAUGCCUCAGUGGGUUGAGUGGACCCAAGAAGAGAAGAGCACUGAUAUGUUUCCUAAACUCCGCAAGUUGAAGCUUUUGAACUGUCCUGAGUUGAUUAAGGUGCCUCAGCUCCCUCUAUUCGUGCGGAAGGUCUCAGUAAAAAAUACAGGAUUUGUUUCACAACUAAAACUAUCCUCCUCUUCCUCGUCAUCAAAAGCGCACAAGUUUGCAUUAGACACGUGCUCUGCCACUGCCUUUACAAAUGGCUUAAUGCACAAGCAACAACUGGAACCAAUUUCUAUUUUGACUCUGAGGAACUGUCAAGAUGUAAAGUUUGAAGAGCUUCGUGUGUUGACUUCCUUAAAGAGGUUGCAAAUAUCUCAUUCAAGCAUAAAUGAUGAGCAGCUAUGCACUUGUUUGAGGGGUUUACAAGUGCUUACCUGGCUGGAGAUAUCUAAUUGCAACAACAUCACAUGCCUUCCACAGAUGGAAAGUUCAGACUGCUUAACGAAACUUCAUGAGCUACACAUUCAGCAGUGCUCUGAAUUUUCCUCUCUACACCCUAUGCCAAGUUUUGCGGCACUAGAAAGUAUAUUGAUCGAAAAUUGCUCCAAGAUCACUGUCAAAUCUUUCCCUACCAACUUCAACAGCAACACCACUCUGAGAAAACUGAGCAUAAUGAAUUGUGCUGAGUUGGAGUCAUUGCCAAGUGGCUUCCCAUCUUCUCUGCAAGUUCUUCAUCUAAUUGGGUGCAAAGCAAAUUUGAUGAACCAACUACAACUCAAGGAUGGACCAGAAUGGGAUAAAGUAGCUAGUAUUCCCAUAAAACAAAUCCGUUGA